AUGUGUAGGCCAGACAAAAUCUUGGACAAUGCUUGGGAUAGAGUGAGCUUAAAUUCCCGAAUGAAAUUACCGGAAACCAUUAAUUUAUUGGAUCAAAUUGAGGCAAUAUAUGGCAGGCCCAUAAUAUCAAAUGAAUAUCGCUCUUUUUGGAUUGACACAGUGUUAAGCAACCCAGGACUAUUUGUAUCUAAAAGCGACUUUAAGGAACUUUUCAGAACCCUCUUUGAUAUGAAUUUCGAAGAAGCCUUCCAAUCAACAGAAAGAAAUCGGGAUAAUCUAACAAAACGUAUGACUGAUAGUAUAUUGGAAGAAACCACAAAUCUUAACAAGUUACGAUAUAUGGAUGAUACUAAAAAAAUUGAUGAAUACUCGAAAAGAAUACAUCUACUACGAGACGCGUUAGAGACUCGGGAUUCUCAUGGGAAAUCCAGAUAUCUCGACCACAGUACGGAAUUUGCCAUUAAUCAAAAGCUUGUUAAAUACUUAAGUGCACUAAACGCGAUUUACAAGCAUCAUCUGCAAACACUCAGCGAUCGUUCACCUUCGCAGUAUGUGAAUAAGCUAUCUUCCGGAAUUGCACAACAAGAAGACUUGUUGAAAACUUUAAGUGAGAAGUUCAGUGAACGUGAAAUGACCCACAAGUUUGGCUGGAUUCAAAUUGGAAAAAUGCACCUUAGAUCGGUCUUACUUAAAUUGAUCAUUUUUGUGACGGUGAUCAUGAUGACUUCAUAUGGAUUAAGUCUUUUAGCGGAAUCAGAUGAUGGGUAUGCUUCGUACUAUUACUAUGAUAAUGAAAACCAAAGAUAA